CGACUUUACAGGUCAGCGGAAGUUAGAAAAUAUCCGGGUCGCGACCAGCGCACCGGGCGAUCCAUUACCCGGGUGACGUCGAAGAGCGUCGGGAGCGUCGGCGCCGCGGGGAUCAGUCGCGAGUUUCGCGUGAGAGUGCGUAAUUAAUUCGCGGGACUCUUUUAAUCAAGUGAAGACGAAAUUGAUCGCGACGAGUUUAACGCAAACCGCAAACUGGUGACAGUGUCUCGUCCGCGUUGCGAUUAUGACAUGUCGUCGUCGUCGUCGUCGGUGCAAGUGAUUUAGUAGCAAAGAAGCAAAGAAAGAGAGAGAGACGGAGAUAGAAAAGAGAAGAAGAAGAAGAAGAAGAAGAAGAUUCCGCGCCGAAGGGAGGGACUGUGUUGCCGAGAGAACGGUGUUUCGAGUAUAACGGAAGAUGGAUCGCGUAUCAGAGAACAUCCCGGAACACUGAUCACCGACCGCGGUGGAAUAAAGAAGAAGGAAACGUUUUCGCGCUCGGGUAGCAAGGGACGACGUCGUCGUCCCCCGUUCUAAUUAAUCUUCGAGAACGUAACGAGCAGACCGGCCCUCGUGGGAUUUCCGUAGCAUGACACCUCUAAGAAGAAGAUUCUUCUUUUCUUGCGAAAAACCCUCAGCUGCAGGUGGAAACGAUCUGUAAGUAACGCGGAGCCAGAGAGAGAGAGAGAGCCCGUUCAGACCAAGAUCGCGGACGGAAAGGUGUGCGAGAGAAGAAGGAGACAUUCUCAUGUUCGAGAGAUGCGGCCUUAAUUAAGUAAAGCACUUGGACUAACUCGGCUUCAAUUUCCUUAAAUACACUCGCGCGUUAGCUCCGAUCAAAGCGCGCGCGCGCGCGCGCGGAGCGACAAGCUCAAGGUCGACGUAAAUUAAAGACCAUCGACAUCGAUAACCUCGCUUAAGUGGUCUUCAACCAGAGCGGCACUUUACACUACUAGAGGAUCGCAGGAAGGGAGGGGGCAGGCUACGUGUCUUCGAUUACCGACGACGAAGAAGUCGAUAAGGGCGCUGUUCGAUAAAGGUGGGAGCAUCCUCCAAUCCUCGCGGGCAGAUAUAAAAGAGAGAGAGAGAGAGAACGCGGGAGCGGGAAGGAGCGAAACCUCUGAAAGCCUGUUCCUGAUCAAACUAUCGAAGCAAAUCUCUGAGACCGACCUAGUAGCUGCAAAAGUCAUCCUCCGUCGAACAAUUUGCAUCGACGAGGUCGAGGUAAAAGAAGCGCAAGGAACUACGUCUUCUGAGUGAUUAAGAAUAACGUUCGAUUGAGAAAGAGAAAAAGAGAGAGAGAGAGAGGGAGGAAUUUCCAUCGAGUAGUUGGCUUGCUGCUCGAUUGAUGUGCAAGGUAAAUGUUGAAGAAUCCAAUCCGUAAACGUUCGAACAGCAGCGACGGAGAUAAACGGGGACACGCUCCGGAGCAAUACGUUUCAACGCGGAUUAACUUUCGAAAGUGACGAAACAAAAAAAUUUCGAGUCACUCAGUGAUGGUUGAAUGAAUCGAUUGAAAUACGUUAUCUCUCUUGCUCGGAGACAGAAGCGCGGAUUCGAAUCAAUAUUAAUAUCUCGUCCGCGCGCGCAAACAUUAAGUGGACAAGCACAGGAGGUGGACGGACGUGAGGAGGUGUUCCAACCGCUGAGAGACACGCAAAAAGGCCAAAGAGAGGCGCGACAAGAGGAAUAAGAAGCGGGGAGAGAUAGCAGCUGCGUCGGACGGAGUCGGUCUAUGGGCGAUGAGACUGGAAGGUUAAUCUCGAAGGUCCGGAUAUAGAACGGAAAGAGGAAGAGGAGAAGGCUGAAGUAGAGCUAUCGCGACGGCGGAAAAAGUGGACCUUCGUGCCCGCUUGGAGGCUGUGAGAAAUUGAGGGAGGGGGGAGAGGACUCGAGGAUGUGUGAAGACGAAUGCGCCAGAGAUAAGAGUCGGCUGAAGAGGAAAGCGAGCGCUGAUCCUUGAACUCUCUGUUAUCCCGCGCGAGAGAAGAUAAGGGAAGAAGUGCUUUGACGUGUUCGGUGUGAUAAAAUCGAGUGUGUGUUUACGAAGGAUUUUGUCAGUGAAAAAAAAAAAAAACUGCGGUCUAUUGUGUUGAUUCUAUUCUAAUACUACUUCCGAGAAUCUGCCAUUAAGAUCUUAAAGGAUUAUUCAAGUUUCUGGAAAGUUUUCGGAAAAGUUUUCGACAAAAGUCGCGCGACCGAAGAAGUAAAGUAGUAGUACCUCUCUCUCUCUCUCUCGUCGGUCUCUCGCCGAGGAAUUCAUCUAAGGAUUAAGAUCAAGCAUGCUUGCGCUGAACAAUCCUCUUCGGUGAAGUUAACUAGACAACGCCACGACGACGAAGGAUCCGCGAUCCUGUUACACUCGGCCAUCGUUCAGCGACCCGGCUGAAGGAAGCGCGGCGGGAAGUGAGCCGGUGAGGUUAACGGUGAUGGCAUGAGGACAUUAGUAAAGACGCUCAGCGGGUCUAGCGAGGAGGAGGAUGAGGAUGGUGGUGGGCGUGAUGGUCCUUGGUCAGUUACUGACGAGGAUCCUGCUCGCGGCCCACGCGGGAGAUCGCCUCGCAGCAGCUCGCAGAAUUCUCAGAGAUGUGCCGCUUAUAGACGGGCACAACGACCUACCCUGGAACAUACGGAAGUUCCUGAAGAACCAGCUGAGGGAGUUCAGCUUUGAUGACCUAAGGGACACUCAUCCCUGGUCACGAAGCGCCUGGAGCCAUACAGAUCUCAGGAGAUUGAGAGAGGGCAUGGUCGCAGCGCAGUUUUGGUCCGCCUACGUUCCCUGCUCGACGCAACAUCACGACUCGGUGCAGCUGGCCCUGGAACAAAUUGACCUUAUUCGUCGAUUGGUCAACAAGCAUUCAGAAAACAUGGUUCUCGUUACCACGGCGGAAGGUAUCGAGAGAGCGCACAAAGAGGGUAGAUUAGCGAGCCUGAUAGGGGUCGAAGGGGGCCACGCGGUCGGAGCGAGUCUCGCGGUCCUGAGGAUGCUGUACGAGCUCGGCGCCAGAUAUCUCACCCUCACGCACACGUGCAACACGCCUUGGGCAGACUGCAGCACGGCGGAUGAACCCGGUCAAGUGCCUCAAAUCGGUGGUCUCUCGAAUUUCGGCAAGAGUGUCGUUCUCGAGAUGAAUCGACUUGGGAUGAUGGUGGACCUUUCUCACGUCUCGGUCCCAACGAUGCUGGCCGCCAUGACGACGUCGAGAGCGCCGGUGAUUUUUAGUCACAGCAGCGCUCACGCUCUUUGCAAUUCCUCGCGAAAUGUGCCUGACCACGCGCUGCGACUUUUGGCGCAGACCGGUGGUAUAGUUAUGGUAUCCUUCUAUCCCCAUUUUAUCAGCUGUGGCGAAGAAUCGACGCUCGAUGAUGUAGCGGCACACAUCAAUCACGUGCGAGAAACCGCCGGAGUGGAUCACGUCGGUAUAGGUGCCGGUUACGACGGGAUCAAUUUGACGCCAACGGGUCUGGAGGACGUCAGCAAAUAUCCGGAGCUCUUCGCGGAAUUGCUAGCGCGUGGCUGGUCGGAGAGAGACAUUCAGAAACUGGCUGGUUUGAAUCUCAUACGGGUGUUCAAGGAGGUGGAGCAGAUUCGCGACAACCUGGCCGCAGAAGGUAUGGAGCCCUUGGAGGAGGAGAUCCCGCACGAGGACAUAAUCGGUCGCGAUUAUUGCCGUUACAACAUAAAGCGUCCGAUGACGCCUUAAGCUGUUGGCAAUCCUCUUGGCGAACAUACAAUGCAAACACGAUCGAGUAAUCGAAGUGAAAACAGAGAGAGAGAGAGAGAGAGAGAGAAGUAAUCAGGAGAGAAGGAAAACGGAUCACUGCCCCAAUGGGAGUAAAACUCAUACAACUUCACCUCCAAUUUCAUCAUACGGCAACCUCUCGCAUCUCCCAGGACGAUUUGGCGUCCUCUGUGCACAAAUACAUACACACACAAGUUUUCGUCUAUUUCCUCUCUCUCUCUCCUCUUUCUCUCCCUAUCUCCUCUUACCCCUUUCGAUCUUUUCCUCAACAAUAUCCACACGAUUCUCAUCUUUGUACGUAAGUAGGUAGAUAAACUCGAUUUCCGCCGGAAAUCCCGAACCCGUGAGAUGCGAAUGUUCGCGAAGGAUGUCGAGAUAUCGCGAAGGAUAUCGGCCAGUGGAACGUCAGUACCGCGACUAAAAGGCUCGAUGCGAAUAAAAAUUGCGACUGGAUCGAUUCCAGUUAUCGAAUCCGAGUUAUUUCUGGAGAUAUGAUAUAAUAACUUGCGAGAAUGUUGUAUGCAAUUUUAUAUCCUUUAGCUGCUAAUAAUCCAUUUUUGCUUUAUUAUAAAAUUUAAUAUAAUAAAUAUAUAUUUAUUAUUCUAUCGGACGCGUGUGUGUGUGUACGUACAAACUCUUUAUUAUAUAUAAUACUUUAUUAUAUAGGCAAAGUGUUUGCCAAAUUGUUGAUCAAUUUUACAAAUUUUUAUAAAAUUCAAAUAAUUAGCGCGCUGAAAACGUUCCAUAAAAAAAAAACAAUCUGUCGAUGGAAUUGAUUACGUAAUUAAAGCUCUCUAGUUGCCGGUAGAGAAAUUAUCGAUGUUAUAAAGUUAAAUUUAUACGUAUGUUAUUUUUUUUUAAUUCGACAUCGACCAAUUUGCUUCAUAUCUAAAACAGUUCGCAUUGCACAUUUAUUAACCAUAUCCGAUCUGAUCGAUAAUAGAAAUAAUAACGCGGUUAUAUUAAUGAAGCGAUGGUCCAUUAAUUUGGAAGUAGCACGGAGUAGUGCUAUUGUGGUGCUAUUGAUUACUCCAACGAGCCAUUGCACGAGCUAUUGUAUAAUUUAAUUACUAACACUGGUAGGCAAAAUCAAAUGUGUGUCAUAAACCGUAUGAUAAAAUAUAUACAAAAUUACACCAUCGUUUAGCGACAAACUUGCAAGUCGUAAACAAACAGU